AUGAAUUCAUCACCAAACAAUUCAAGAAAAUCAGAAUUUAAUAAUAGUCUUUUGGAUCAGCUUUCCGUUGCCUUUAGUUCACAAACAACUUUAGCAGACAACAAGAACACAUCACGUUUAAAUAAUAAUAGACGAUCCACUACACCACCACCACCACCACCACCUGCAACACCCUUACGAAAACGUUCUUCUGGCAAUAUUAAUUCUAGUUUUUAUUAUCGUUCAUCACCAGACAUUGAAAGAAGAAGAGAUUCUGGUGGUAUUAAUUAUUCAAAUAUUGUCUCUGCAUUCAAUGAGUAUCAACAACAAAAGUGUACACAAAAUAGUAAUGACGUAGAACCAUUAUUAGUAACAUUUAGAAAGGGUGAACCUUCACCAUCUUCAACGGCAUCCUUACCAGCAGCCACCACGGCUUCACCUAUCAGUGACAAAUUAGCAAUUAGCAAUACAAAUCAUCGGGGUAGAAUAGCGAAAAGAACAUCACCUGCAGCGCUCUCAUUAACAACUGCAAACGUAAUUAAUAGCCCACAUAUGAUGGCCACUAAUUCAGCUUCAUUAGCUAAAGCUGUAAAGGAAACUAAAAGCAUCUCUCCAUUAGAAUUAUCUGAGCUUAUUGAUUCGCAUACACAAGUUGAGCCUCUUAUGAUAGAUAUGCGAUCAAUUGACCUUUAUGAAAGAUCACGUAUUCGUCACUCAAUACAUAUUAGUGUCCCUACACUACUCAUUAAACGGUAUCGUCGAGGUGUGGUUUCGAAUUUCAAUUUAGAAAGUUUUAUUACAACAUCAGAAGGCAUGGAACGUUUCAGGGCUUGGAUGAAACAAGAUAAACUCGAUAAUGAUGACAAGGAGUUGCAGCCAGGAGAGAUAGUGAUCUAUGACGAUCACAUGAAUGAUAAGAUGGCAGCGACAUGGACACUAAUAGGUGUCCUUCAGAAGAAUGCAAUGAAAGUGCGGUGGCUUCAAGGCGGGUUUAACGGUUUUUUAGCUUGGGAUACUAAACAUGAAUAUUUGAUUGGGUCAGAGUUUAUUAGAUCAGAUACACCACCUUUACCAAUACCUACUUACAGUCAUCCUAUGAAUGACAUGUCUUCAUCAUCUAUCGCUCAAUUCCAUCAUAAUAGAGAACAAAUACCAAAUAAACUAAAAAUGCCAACACCGAUGAUUUCUAGAAGUGCAAUCACGUUAUCAUCAUCAAAUCACACUUAUAAUCAAGAAAAUGUACAAAGACGAGCAAGCUUAUUUAAUUUGGAUACUAAAAGUAUGCGCUCUAAAAAUAGACCUUUAGUAAGUGUGGCUCAACAACAACAACAACAACAACAACAGCGAAGAUAUCAGCCACAGAAAGUGGAAUACAACCACCACCACCACCACCACAAGAUUCCUUUUAGCCUUAAUGAAGCCGAUAAAAACUUACAAACACAUGCUGCUUCUGGUUAUUCACUUGAGAAAGAAAAAGAGGAAGAAAAAAAGGAAGAAGGAGAGGAAGAGGAAGAGGAAGAAGAGGAGAAGUUUUAUACCCCACUCGAACAACAACUCUCCUCUGCUAACGAUAAUAAUGAUAAUACUCCAGCUUUAUUAAUAGCAGUAAAUGGAUUAAAUGACAGUAAUCAUCAUCAUAAUUUGACUAUUACACCUAAAACAGAAAAUGAGUAUGACUUUGUAGUUUCAGAAAUUAUUCCCCAUUUUCUCUAUUUAGGGCCUGAAAUAGCAACAGAUGAUCAAUUGAAUGAUCUUCGAGAUAGAUCUAUACGACGCAUUUUGAAUAUGGCAGAAGAAUGCGAGGACGAUAUACCUGGAUUAAAAGAAAAUUUUAUAUACACUAAAAUAGCUGCUCAAGAUACAGUAGAAAUGCAAAAUGUUCAAGGUACUUUAAAGAAAGCAGUUCAUGUAAUAGAGGACUCUAAAAAACAUCAUGAACCAAUUUAUGUUCAUUGUAAAGCAGGGAAAUCUAGAUCAGCAGCAGCAAUAUUAGCUUAUUUAGUAUUAUCAGAACAUUGGACGUUGAAACGAGCUUACCGACAUAUUGUAAAAGCACGUCCAAACAUUUCACCUAAUAUUGGAUUUGUGGCUGAAUUAAUGAAGUUGGAGAAAGAUGUGCAUGGUAAAACAAGUAACUUUGCAGGGACAGACUGGCAUUUUGUGGAUUUAGCAAAUCCACCAAGUCCAGAAACUCAGAAGGAGAUGGGAAGACUUGAAAAAGCUUGGAAACGAGGAAGUUUGAUAAGUAAUGCCGGUAGUCAUAUAGACCUUACAACAGCAAUUAAGAGUCAACAACAAGAAUAG